AUGUAUUCCCCCAAGGUUGGUGACAGGCUCGAUAGCCUUGAUACGCCAUCCAUGAUUGCAGACCUUGAUCUUAUGGAGGAAAACAUCAAGAAACUUAUGGAUAAGCUUUUACCAACUGGUCUUAAUAUCCGCCCUCAUCUUAAAACAACCAAGAGUGCCAUUCUGGCCAGAAAGCUGGUGAAAGCCGGUGCCAAGGGAGGCUGCGUGGCCAAAGUCAGCGAAGCCGAAGUCAUUGCUGCCGCAGGGUUCGACGAUUUGCUCAUCACAUGUGAGAUUGUCGGCCCUGCCAAAGUCAGGAGACUUGUGGAAUUGUUCCGCAAAUACCCCAAGAUCAGGAUCGUGGUUGAUAGCGAAAUCGGUGCAUCAGCCAUUAACGAUGCUUUAGAGACCUCAGGGAUUGCAGAGCCCAUUACAACCCUUAUUGACCUCGACGUUGGACUUCAUCGCACUGGCGUAUCACCAGGCGAACCUGCCCUGGCCCUGGCCCGACAUGUCGGUGGGUUGAAGCAUCUGAAGCUGAUUGGUGUCCAAGGGUAUGAAGGUCAUCUGCAGCAUUUGCAUGAUAAAGAGGAUCGCAAAGCUCAGUGCCUAGAGUCUAUGCAGAUCCUAACGAGCACUGCCGACUCCCUGCGGAAGGCCGGCUUCAAAAUUGAAGUGGUCACCACGGGAGGCACGGGUACGGCCGAGUUCUGCGCGACCGUUCCUGGCGUCACUGAGCUUCAACCUGGAUCAUUUAUCUUCAUGGAUACGGAUUAUCGAAACGCCGUUGGUACUUUCUAUUCAAACAGCCUCACAAUUCUAUCAACGGUUGUGAGCAAGCAAGGUCCCCGGGCGGUUACUAUCGAUAGUGGAUUGAAGUCUUUGACGACGGAUAGUGGGCUGGCAGAGUGCAAGGACCCGAGAUAUGUCUAUGGAGUUCUUGGCGAUGAGCAUGGCUCCCUAAUGUGGGAAGACGGUACACCGGAUCUCUCGGUCGGUGAUCGCGUUGAAAUGAUUCCAAGUCAUAUCGACCCUACAGUCAACCUGCAUGACUUCUAUUAUGCUUACCGCCGAGGCAUCAUCGAAGAAAUCUGGCCCGUUGACUCAAGGGGAAAGGUUCAAUAG